AUGGCGGAUCGCGCGGGGGAGGCGGACGACGUGACGCGCGACGCGGGCGCGGACGACGCGGCGGCGAACGGGGCGCGCGGUGGUGAUGAUGUCGAUGCGUUGAUCGCCGCCGCGGGGGUGGACGCGACGGGCGGGCGCGGUGCGGGGGAUGAUGGGAGCGACGAGGGCGUCGCGCGAGGGGAGAAGCGCGCGCGCGGGGCGAGCGAGGACGGCGAGGAUGACGACGACGACGGUGAGGACGGCGAGCGAGGGAGUGGAUUGGAGGAGUUCGAUGAUGUGCUUCUCUUACCGCGUCGCACGAAGGUUGUGAUCAGUGGGAAUAAUCGAACGAAGGGAAAGCUCGUCGGAAUGCGAGCCGUGGUGAAGAAGGCUGUCGGGUUGGGCGGUUGGCACUGGCUCGUGCUCGACAACGGGCAGGAGGUGCGACUGCAGAGGAACGCCUUGACCGUGGUCGAGGCACCGGAAAGUCAAGACGGCGACGGUGAGGACGCCGAUGACGGCGAGGGCGACGGCGAGGACAUAGAGAACGGCGAGGAUGGCGAGGAGGAGGAGGAGGACGGCGACGACGACGAGGACGACGACGACGACGACGACGAUGACAGCAAGGAUAACAUGAAGACGCGUCUCCGUCGACCAACGCGUAUACCUGGAAACGGUCCGCCGAGCCAAGCCGCCGCGGCGGCGAUGAAGCGGUUGCAAGAGCGCCGAAGAAGCGCGCGCCCGAACUGCAUGUCGAAUUUCGAACGCCUCACGCUGACGACGCUGCUCAAAUACAAAAAGAUGUACGGCCUCGAGCCAAACGCGGAGACGGACUCGGAUAAGACCGCCCUCACGCACGAGAUCGCCAAGCACUUCAUGUCGCAAAAGUUGGACGAGCAAAAAGUUCUUCAGGACUUCAUGUGCGCGGUGGCGGACACCACUCAGGUUCGCCCUGUGGGGUGA